AUGUUGAGCCUGACCACGCUUUCACUCGAGAUAAUCUUGAUAAUCAUCUUAUCGGCUCCUCCGGCGACGGGGGGUAGGAUCGGUCUCCUAGAAUCCAGGCACCAGAGGCGGACGAUCGACCGGCGCCGGGCACCCGGCGAAGUACCGGUGAUCAACGGCAUCAUCGGCGGCAGCCCUCCGGGGAUGGACGAUCUUAUUGACGAUCAAACAGACCCGGUCGAUCGCCCCCGCGUCUACAAGAACUUGCUCAGCCACAAUGAUACGGCUCCUGUUGCCACCAACUCCUCCGUCCAGAUCACGGCCACCCCUUCGAUUUGCCCCGGCCAACCCGCUAGUGUCACCGGAUACAUCUCUCUCGACCCUUCCCGUUCCCUAUUUUUUUGGUUUCUAGAAGCCAGUGAUCUUAUCAUCUUAAUGAUGAAUAUUGGCCUUCAUCACAUUUUCGAAACUGCGCAAUCCCGACCAAUCCCCGCUGAUACUUUGGCUCAACGGCGGUCCAGGUUCAAGUUCAAUGAUCGGUCAGUCAAAUUCCUAGUAUCCAAACAUCAUCGAUCCUACAUAGCCUCCUUCAUGGAAGAUUCCUAUGCACUUCAUGACUACAUCAGCCGUCUUUUUCAGGAAAAUGGACCAUGUAAAAUCAAGUUGGACUCCACCGGACUCGACUCAAACCCAGAAGCCUGGAAUGAAAACGCAAACAUGAUCUAUGUAGACCAGCCCGUGGGAACCGGUUACUCUUUUGGGACUAGGACAGCGAAGAGCACGUCAGAAGCCAUGAAUGAUCUGUACGAGUCGAUUCAACUGCUUCUUGCCCACCCGCUCUUCGCGAAAUUCGUCGGGAGGCCGUUUGGAGUGUGGACUGAGUCUUAUGGAGGUCAUUAUGCGCCGGUGCUCGUGAACCUCAUCCUGGAAAUGAACGCCCAAUUGGAACACUCCAAGCAGCCCGGAAAAGUCAUAAUUCCUGUCAGCUCGAUGGGAAUCGGAAACGGGCUAACCAAUCCCUUGGUCCAAUACCUUGCAUACAUCACAUAUGCGCAGUCCAAUCCAUACAAUCAAUCAAUGGUUUCAAAAGAGAUGAUCCAGGCGGCCAGCAAAGACUAUAGUACACCGACGACUGGCUGCCGUGAUUUGAUCAAGGCCUGCCAGUCAAGUCUCAAAGCGGCCAGUUGCCGACAGGCGCAAUCGUUUUGCAACCGGAAGAUUCUCUCGCCUCUGGCGGGUGAUCGCGAUGUUUAUGAUGUUCGACAGGUAGCCUCAAACCCUUAUCCACCUGACCUGGUACCAAUUCUUAACGAUCCGAAGUUUAAGAGCAUGAUCGGAGUAUCUCCGACCUUGAACUGGACAGAAUCCAACGAAGAUGUUUACAAUGAUUUCUUCUCGAGUGGGGACUGGAUGCUCGACUCUUCAAAAGAACUGGAGAGAAUAAUCAAUUAUGGAGUCCGAACUUUACUCUAUGCGGGCGAUGCAGGCUAUAUUGUUAAUUACCAAGGAGUGGAGGCAUUGGUCACCUCGCUAAAUACUUCGUCCUCGCAAUCAUUCGCCAAUCAAAGCUUUACCGAUUGGGUGGUCGACGGCGAGGUCGCUGGAAACUGCAAAACGGCGGGCUCAUUGAGCUACUUGAAGAUAUUUGAAGCAGGACACGAGGUUCCAGCGUAUGGGAAAGGCAAGCUGGGUGUCGGCCGGGCGGCCAAGGUGUUCUUCGACCAGACAAACGACGGCCGGUCGAUAUGUGUUCCUCCCAACGGUGGCGACUCCAACCUCCGUCAAAACAAUAGUAACAGUCCCAGAGACACUCUCUCCGCCACCUCCGCGCUUUCCAGAUCAUUCUCUUCCGCGCUUUUCCCGCUCUUGGCCUGCCUUUAUUUGGCGCUUUGA